AAAUCGAAGUAGUAUCAAGCUGUGAGGAUCUAGUCUAGUCGGCUUCAUAAACACACAACACGAAUAGCGGGGCUUUGGUCGAAGUGAGACCGGUUAUCUGUUCAUCAGAGUCAGGCUCUCAUAGAGCUCCGAAUCGGAGAGUGAAUGAGGUUGAUGCUGCUCUGUUGUGACUGGAAGGACGAACGUAUGGGAGAGGAGGAAGCUGGCAGAAGCUUGCCCGUGUGUGCAGGAUGCAGACAGCGGAUCUAUGAUGAACAGUAUCUCCAGGCACUCAACACUGACUGGCACACAGUAUGCUUCAGAUGCUGUGAGUGCAGUGCCUCCCUGUCCCACUGGUACUAUGAGAAGGAGGGCCGGCUAUUCUGCAAGAAGGAUUACUGGGCCAAGUUCGGAGACCUGUGCCAUGGAUGCAAUGACCCYAUCACCACCGGACUGAUCAUGGUCGCAGGGGAACAGAAGUACCACCCAGAAUGCUUCACCUGUCUGAACUGCAGAGCCUUCAUUGGAGACGGAGACACCUACGCACUGGUGGAGAGGUCCAAACUAUACUGUGGCCUCUGUUACUACCGGACCAUCGUGACGSCGGUGUCCCUGCCAGACUCACCAUGCGCCAGGAUUCCCCACACGGUGACCCUGGUGUCCAUCCCAGCCUCCACAGACGGGCGGAGAGGGAUCUCAGUCGCCAUCAACCAGCCUGUCAGCCCCAACGGCUACGGCCCCGAACGCACUGUCAGGGUAUCACAGCGAAGCUACAGUAUUGAUAAGUCUCCGUGCUCCAGUAACGCAGCGUCCCCUCUCUCUCAGAGGAAGGACUUUAACCGCUCCGAGUCACUGCGGGUUGUCUCCAACAGUCGAAUGCACCGGAUCUUCCGGCCCUCAGACCUCAUCCAUGGAGAGGUGCUGGGAAAAGGCUGCUUUGGACAGGCCAUCAAGGUGACCCACAGAGAGACAGGGGAGGUGAUGGUGAUGAAGGAGCUGAUUCGUUUUGAUGACGAGACACAGAUGACAUUCCUAAAAGAGGUGGGAAACAUCCAGAGUCUGAUUCUAUCCUUGUUUUGUCUUACUAACAAGGACACCAACUACCCAUGGAACCAGAGAGUGAGCUUUGCUAAAGACAUCGCUGCAGGAAUGUCAUAUCUGCAUUCCAUGAACAUAAUCCACCGCGACCUGAACUCAUACAACUGUCUUGUCAGAGAGAAUAACAGUGUGGUGGUGGCAGACUUUGGGCUGGCUCGGCUGAUGGUGGAAGACAAGAUCCAGGACAAGAGUCUCCUGCAGAAGAAACCUGACCGCAGGAAGAGAUACACUGUAGUGGGCAACCCCUACUGGAUGGCCCCGGAGAUGAUCCACGGGAAAAGCUAUGAUGAAAAGGUGGACAUCUUUUCCUUCGGGAUCAUGCUUUGUGAGAUCAUUGGUAGGGUGAAUGCAGACCCAGACUACUUGCCCAGGGCCCAUGACUUUGGGCUGAAUGUGACAGGCUUCUUAGAGCACUUCUGUCCUCCAGACUGUCCCCCAGCCUUCUUCCCUAUGGCUGCCCUCUGCUGUGACCUGGAUGCUGAGAAACGCCCCGCCUUCACCAAGUUGGAGGGGUGGCUGGAGAACCUGAAGAUGCACCUGGAGAUCCGCCUGCCGGUGGUGUCCGAGCUCGACACGCUACACAAAGCGUUCUGGGGAAACCACACCGCCCCCACCAUGGCUUGCACCGCCAUGCGGUCCGAGAACGGCCUGCCCCCACACCCCGAGACUCCGGAGUAGAAGGGAUCUGUAACAGAGUGGAAUGCUGCUGGUCUCAGCCCAUGAGAGUGGGCAGAGAGAGGGGGUUAUGGUGGUAAUUGAGGAGGGUAGUAGAGCCUCUGGCAAUGGAGUAGUUGCAUUGCAUUGUCCAGGGAGGGGUGAGGCAGGAGCUCUGUACGUACCUCCUCAUGCCACAGCAGUCAGUGGUCAUAUAGGCUAACAGUGGGCUGUUGAUAGGCUGUAUAGACUCAGGGGGAACCGAGGAAGGGAAAAGCCAGCCUUGCCUAAAGGCACUCACUCAUUCAACUCCAACCAAGAGAGACUCACUCAGACUACCAUUACCACUACCAUAGCUUCAGUCUCAUGAUUGCUGUACCUUAACUGAAUGUCAGGCUGGUAACUGCUAGCUAGCAGUAUCAGUCAAUCCCAGCUGUGAAAUCAUCCAUCUUAACACUCAUGUCAUCUYUAUCUUAUUGAGAUGGUGUUCAAGCAUUUUCAGAUCUCUUUCAGUCUCUUAAAAAAAAAAAGAUGCUUCAGCCUCAUUGGUAGGUGUCCCUCCUCCAGAGUAUUUGUACAAUAUCAUGUGUUUGAAAAGUAUUCCUCUGUGUGACUUUGGUUUGAUUUAAUUUGAUGAUAUCAAAACCACUUUUUGAAAUGCUAAAGGAAGGGGCCUUUUAUGUGGAUAAUACGAAACACAUAAGUUGAGAUACACAAUCCAGAUGUACAAUAUAAUCGAGCAAAGGCUUUUGAGCAUAAACAAAAAGCUUUUUAAACACUGCAUGACUGUAAAUAGCCCUGUCUGUGUCCAGUAAGCCUAGUCUGUUGUCUCCUCCUCUCCCCCUCUACUGGUGAAAGGUGUGUCACAAAUGGCAUCCUGUUCCCUUUAUAGUGCACUGCUUAAGACCAGUUCCUAAAGUGUAUUACCAAAGUAGUGCACUAUACGGUGCCAUUUGGGAUGCAUUCUGAAAGUGAUGCCCCUKGUAGUGUAGAACACAUGGUCCAUGAAUGACUGUUCCUUCUCUCACUGUGCAGCACUGACUUGACUUUGAGGUAAACUUCUUUCAUACCUUUGGUACAUUUUUCCAUUUCAUAUGAGUUUAUUACUCUCUUUUUCCUUCUCAUUCACGUCGAGGUGAAAUCUUAUGUAUUCAAACUCAACCCACCCAAUGUAUAUAGCCGGUGAUAAUAUCAUAUUGUAAAUGUUUUAAAUAUUCUAAAUGUACAGACAUAUUUUGUAUACUUAUAAUGUAUGCUACAUUGCCAUAUUUUUAUUGGGCUACCUGUUGAAAUGAAGGAGAAUAAGAAAAGUCAGGCAGUGGUAGCUGAUAUGGAGCAGAUAACUUUCGACAGGGAUGAUGACUUCCUGCCUCGGGUUGCCAUGGUGACAGACAGUGGUAGGGGGCUUUUAGGAAGUUAAUGCGAAGUAAGAGAGCAUCUUAGGGUCCUAGCUCACUCCUACCGACCAUCACUGUAAGUGUAAGYAUUCUCACAAGAUGUGUCCCAUUUACUCCCGUCGUCUCCUCUCUGCAUAUCAAGUUAUUUUGUUUACAUCAGCCUUUGAUCUGGUCUAGACUCCAGAGAGUGCCCUGACUAUGACCUUGGAUAUAACUACUCUGUGGGUAUCGCCUCAAUUGAAUGCAAUCAUAACAAGAGAAUCAACACAGUCACAAAAUUAAGGUUAUGUAGUUUGGCAUUUUAUGCCAAGCCACAUUUACCGUUUAUUUUUCUCAAAAGAAAUUGAGGAUAAUUUGUUAGUUGUUACUAUAGAGCUCUWUAGUCAUCCAUAGCAGGGUGGAUGUGUUGUGGAAGUUGGAGACAGCCAGACAGUCACAUCAUAGUGUCUCUCUGACCACAAGCCUCUCUGUCCUACAGUACAUGGAGACAAACUUAGUCACAAUACAAGUCUCCUCUACAUGGAACUCCCUAUGGGAGGCCCUCUGUUUACACACAAACUGCUWGCUGUAAAUAAUAUCUGUAUUGUAUGUCUGUCGUUAUGCAUCUCAUACUACACUCUCUUGAAAAUAAUCUCUUUGACUAUAUGUGAAUCUUUCUCUUGAACACAUUGUCACUCAUUCUCUCACGCGUGUUCUUUUUCCAUCAAACAUUUUCUCUAUUCCCUCUUUUCCUACUUGAAGAUGAGCUGCAUGGUGUACUUGCUAUUGCGAUCACUUCUGCUGUAAAACCAAGCUAUUCUUUUCAUUUUAAAGCUAAAAUUGUGAUUGAAAGGAAAAAAGGAAAGAAAGAAAGAGUCAGGAAAGAGUGUACAGACAGAGACAGGAAAGAGUGUACAGACAGAGACA